AUGACUUGCCUAGCAAAUGGUCUCGACAUAGUUGUACUCCAGACAAAGGUGAAGUUAGAAGUUAGGAGCCCGCCACGCCCGGAAGCCGCAGAUUUCGGCCUUCGGACCGGCUUCCGCAACACUCCCAUCCGCCCGCACAUCUUCCGCAAUUCCCAACGAAAAGGAAUAUCCACCACACUGGGACAGAAAUAUUCUGCCACCGUAGAGCGCUUCAAUUAUACCACUAGAACCCACAAACGCGAAUAUCUGGCGGAAACCCACGCCGGACGCGGUUGGAACGCGCAGGAAGAGCAAGGGACGAAGGAGAGAGCGUGCCGACCGUCCACCGGUUCCUGCCAGAACACCCUCUCCACGCCACCUCGCUGGCGACUCCCUUCCGCACUCCUUGCUCUCUACUCCCAUCAUCUCCUCCAGUCCGUCCGGUUCCAGCACCCAUCCCCCUCCCCCUUCCACACCCGCUCCCCAUCCAUGGAACCCGUCUUUCUUCAGCACUAUGACCAGAUUGAGAUAGACGACGACGAAGAGGACCAGCUCCUCGACUCGGACCCAGAAGACGAACUGCCUGCGCCUACCUCUAUACCCCCACCCCCGCCUCCUCCCCCUCCUCCCGUGGCGCGAGACACGGGCAAGGAUAUUGAUCCAGAUGUCGACGCUGCGGUUCCGCGUUAUUCGAGGAAGAAGGGAGAGACCAUAUUCCCUCCGUUGCGUAUCGAGAACAUUUUGAGGGCUGAUGGCGAGACGGGAAUCAUGUCCCGAGAAGCCCUUCUGGUACUCUCACUGGCCACCGAGGAGUUCAUCACGCGAAUGGUCGACGCGGCAGUCAUUCACGCCAAUGAUGAAGACAGACAGCGUACAGUUAUCACCUAUAAAGACAUAGCUCACGUUGCCAACUCACCAAAACGGUGGCCAGAGUUGGAGUUCCUCGGUGAAUUGAUGCCCAAACCCAUGACCGUAACAAAAGCCUUCCAAAAUCGAGCCCUCAAAGAACAAGAGCUCAUCGCCGAAGAUCCCGCCCUCACCCAACUCACCUCCCCACUCCCCCCUCCCGACCCCUCACUCCCCACCAUACCCCUCUCUGUACUCGCCCGCCCCGCUCACCACAACCACGCACACGCACACGCUCAAGCACACCCACCCCCACACCACCAAGGCCAUCCCGAAGCCGGCCGUGCCUCCACCUCAGACUCACACCCCUCUGGCUCCGGUACCCCUCUUCCCGACGCGGCAGACAAGUCCAAAGGACGGUCCAAAAGCGGAGCGAACGGAAAGGGCAAAGAAAAAGCAGGUGCUUAUAUCCCCGCUCUUCCGGGCACUCUCACCCCAGAGCAACGCGAGCAAGCGGAGGCGAAACGACGCGAACGCACCAUUGAGCGCGAAAAGAAACGGGCGUUAUCGAUGUCGAUGCAGCAGCGUCCCCGAACUGUAUCGGAUGCUAGUAUGAGUGCGCACGCGAUGGGGGCGGACGUGGACAUGAGUAUGAUGUCGGGCUCGGCGAGCGCCAGUCCGUCCAGGAGGUCGACGAGGAAGAGGGACAGUCGAGGGAGGUUCAGUAAUUCGGGCGCGAAUAACGCGUCGCCUUCGCACCUUGACCGUGAAAACGCGGGGAGCGUGACUCCGGACGCGCCGAACCACAAUUAUCAUCACCACGACCACAACCACAACCACGACCACAGCCAUCAUCAUAACCACUCUCAUGACGGCGCCAGUGCUGGACCCAGUAACGGCUACUCUGCCUCCGCUCCUUCGCACUCCCCGUACACACAAGUGCCCCUCGUCCAAGGAUGGACAGAACCCGGCCAUCGACACGAAUCCGGCGCUGGUGCCAGUGCCAGCCAUCACUCCGCACGCAGCCAGUCACCCCUCAACGGACUGGAGAGGGAUAUGAGUGACAUUGUCAUGAACGAUGAACCGAUGAACGCAGCGGAUCUCUCACCCCCGCCGCAGACCCUCUAUGGACCCGGUGUGGCUCCGCCACCUUCGAUCUCGGCUUCGGACUCGAGGGGAAGGAGUAUGAGUUCGGGAGGCGAGGGUCCUUUUGGGGCGCAGGGGAGGACGAUAUAUUCGGCGCGAUGAGAUACUUAUGCGCAUGUGUAGGUAUAGUUGCGAUGUUCAUACCCCAUGAGUACUUAUCGUCGUUAGCCAGCUGGGGGUUGGACAAUCCGCUGGUUGCAUUUGUCGGUGCUGGGGCUCAGGACCGAUUCAUAUAGGACAAUUGCACACGAGUUUUGGUUCACUUCAAAAAUGUAGCAGGGUCGCUCGAUGCUCUGAGAGUGACUGUGAUUUGCGCGUUGUUGUCUUUCGAGACCUCGACUGUCCGAAUGACUUUCCUAUCGAUGAUUCUACAACAAAUUUCAUGGUCACG